UUAUUUAGGGGUUUCGUUUCAUAGAGGAGAGGAGAGAUAUUUGUUCGUUUCAAUGGCAGCGAUACAGAUUCUCGAUCAGGUCGAUGAUUCCGCCGAUUCACUGAUUGAAUCGAUGCGUGGAGUUCAAAAUACGAUGGCUCUACUUCACUCCACGGUGGGUGACUUACUCAAUUCCAUGGCCGAGACAUUAAAAUCCAUGGCGGAGAUGAAAUCAGCUCUUCUUCUUCAACCACCAACGGAACCAUCAUCAUCAUCAUCACAAGUUACGGUGAAUCAUCAUCAUCAUGAAGACCUCCCUGCACCUCCAAAGCAACAAUUAACAACCGUGGUGGAUAACUCAAUCGAUGGGAAAGACAAGUCUCGCGUCAUUCAUCUGAAGAAGGUCCAGGUCGAGAUGCCAGUAUUCGAAGGUCUCAAUGUAAACUCAUGGAUUCUCAGAGCAGAACGAUACUUCGGGUUCGGUAGUUUCACAGAGACGGAGAAGAUUCGAUUAGCUUAUAUGAGUGUCCAAGGACCUGCUUUGAGUUGGUUUAACCUUUGCGAGAAUCGUAACCCUUUUGUUGAUUGGCAUGAUUUCAAAUCUCGUUUGUUACAGAGAUUUGGUGAUUUCAGAUCUGUUAUGGAACGGUUCCUCUCUCUCAAACAGGUUGAUUCUGUUAUUGUAUAUCUUGGUGAAUUUGAAGAACUCUCGUCGCAGUGUUUGGAUGUCCCUGACUCUCUUCUGGAAGCUGUUUUCGUUAAAGGGCUUAAGGAUGAGAUUCAGGAAAUGCUUCGUGUGUUUCCACCAAAGGGGUUAAGGGAUAUCAUCAUGAUGGCUCGUAGAUUGGAGAAUAGUGCUUUUUGCCGUGUGAUCAAGAAUUCACAACUUACGGAUUCUGAGUUUGAAGAUUUGUCUCCCCGGAGAAACAAACUCAACUGUUAGAUUCUUUACCCUUUUUGGUUCUUGAUAGGUAAGCUCUGUUAGAUUCUUGCUCAUUUCUAGCUAUCUUCUAGGCUCUAGCAUUGAGUAUCAUGUCAGAGGAAACAGUUUCUAUUUCUGUGUUGGUUUGUUGUUUGAAGAUGGUUUCAUGGAAUCAUGCAAUUGCAACCUAUAAAUGGAGUUUUUUUAUCUA